GAUGUGAUGAUAAAUGUGAAUGUUUCCUUAAUCUCUUUUUCUGAUAUUUCAUUGUUAGUGUAUAGAAAUGCAACUGAUUUCUGUAUAUUAAUUUUGUAUCCUGCAACUUUACCAAAGUCAUUGAUAAGCUCUAGAAGUUUUCUGUUAGCAUCUUUAGGGUUUUCUAUGUAUAGUAUUAUGUCAUCUGCAGACAGUGACAGUUUUACUUCUUCUUUUCCAAUUUGGAUUCAUUUUAUUUAUUUUUCUUCUCUAAUUGCUAUGGCUAGGACUCCCAAAACUAUGUUAAAUAAAAGCAGCGAGGAUGAGCAUCCUUGUCUCGUUCCUGAUCUUAGAGGAAAUGCUUUCAGCUUUUCACCAUCGAGUAUUAUGUUAGCUGUGGGUUUGUCACAUAUGGCCUUUAUACAUUGAGAUAUGUUUCCUCCAUGUCCACUUUCUGGAGAGGUUUUAUCAUAAAUGGAUGUUGAAUUUUAUCUAAAGCUUUUAAAUCUAUCUUUUGCAAGUUGUUUACUAGGUGCACAGAAAAUGAGCAUGCUCUGACAAAUGAAGUCCCCUGCCUCUGCCACAGCUCUAAAGUGUACAUUUCAAUACAUUGUUAUUUUAAGUUCAUUACUGGAAAUAGGGAUCUUCUCUUAAUUGUAGCGAACAGAAGUCCUUUCACAAUAUUGGUUUAGGACCCAUCAAAUCCACAAACACUGAAACUAAUCUGACAGAUGGGUUGAAAUAAAAGGAACAGAAGAAAAUAAAACAAUGAAAUGACGAUCAGAAAAGACACAUUUCUAGGUGUUCGCCUGUCUCUAAACAUUCCCCUUUCUCCACUCAGCUUUGGUCCAGCCUUGGUGCUUUGCUAAAUCAGAGUUUGAUCUAGAUCAAGUUUUGGGUCAGCAGGAGAGAUGGGGGGGGAUGGGGAUGUCCUAGGAAGAUUGUCCCUGGGUUUGGGUCGCAGGCGCUGCUCUGACACGGCGAGCGUCCAGGACCCGAGACCCAGACCUCAGCGCGCACCUUCCUCGUUCCCCCCCCCGCCCACGCGUGCGCUCCACGGCCGCUCCCGGUGUCCCGGCCACUCCGUUACCAGGCAACCGGCUGCCCCGGCGGAAUGCGACCGAGCAGAAUGCCGGGCGGAAGAGAAGGCAGUUGGAAAGAGAGUUUGAGGAGCAGAAAUGAGCCCAGAAAAGCAUCCUGAGGAAGAGGAUGAGGUUGACUGCGUUCUCCUUUCAGCAUCCAAGAUCCUAAAUUCCUCUGAGGGCGUAAAGGAAAGUGGUGGCAGUGAAACAGAGUACGGCUGCAUACCAGAAUCAGAAAAUCAAAUCCAGCCACAAUCAGCACUGAAAGCCCUGCAGCAUCAGCUGGAAUCAUUUCAGGCUCUCCGAAUACAGACUUUGCAGAAUGUUAGCAUGGUGCAGUCUGAAAUCAGUGAAAUAUUGAACAAAAGUAUCAUUGAAGUAGAAAAUCCGCAAUUUAGCUCAGAAAAAAACCUAGCAUUCAGAACACACAAUCAAAAGGCUGUGCCUAUACAGAAUCAAGAAGAAACCCUUUCUACGGAGAAAAUUUGUCAUUCCGAGGAUUCUAUGAGUCUUCGUUCAGUGGAAGAAAAAUUCAGUAGCGACAAUUUUAACAGUCUCUCUCAAGGUAUAAAUAGCCCAUCCCAGAUACAUUUCAAGGACAUAUUAACUCUGAGAACUUCAACAGAUAAUUCAGCUUCAGAAAAUUCUGACAUGUUGAAGAAUUAUAAUAACCUUUACACUUUUUUACCUAAUGCACCUCAAAAUGGGAUGUCUCAAGCUGACAGAGUAAUUCGGGAUAAGUCCAGAAUUACUGUGCCUUUUCUCAAGCAUGGAUUUUGUGAAAAUUUAGACGACAUUUGCCAUUCAAUCAAACAAAUGAAGGAGGAGCUUCAAACACAUGAUAGGGAACUGGCACUUACAAAUGAACUUCAAACUUUAAAAGCUAUUCCAAGUAAUGGUAAAUAUGACCUUCCCACCAUUCACAACGAAAAAAUUAACAGUAUUAGGGAAGAAAAUAUUGAAAGUAAUUUAAAUGAAGAUAUAAAAUCGAAGAGAAUUUUAGAAUUGGAGGCAUUAGUAAACAAACUGCUCCCACUCAGGGAAACAGUGUCAAAAUUCCAUGUGAAUUUUUGUAGGAAAUGUAAAAAAUUAUCUAAGAGUGAAAUGCAUAGGGGAAAAAAGAAUGAGAAAAAUAAUAAAGAAAUCCCUACCAUUGACAAGAAUAUUACAGAUUUAAAACUCCAUCCCAGAGUUCCACGACAUACACUGUCAUUCUUUGACCCAACAAAAUAUGAAAUGAAAGACAAAGAAAGGCAAACAUUUGCAGUAAAACUAGGCUCAAUAAUAUAUGAAAAUGAGAAAAUAUCCAAAGCCAAUUCUGUUACUGAGCAGUGUGUUGCAAAAAUUCAGUACUUACAGAAUUAUCUGAAAGAAUCUAUGCAGAUACAGAAAAAAGUAACAAAAUUAGAGAAUGAAAACCUAACCCUUAAGACCAAAAUUAAACCUCUUGUCUUUACCACACAAUCUCUGAUACAGAAAAUUGAAAUAUAUGAAAAGCAACUUAAGAAUCUGGUUGAAGAAAAGAACACUAUUCAGUCUAAGUUAAUUAAAACAGAAGAAGACAGCAAAGAAUGUCUUAAAGAAUUGAAAAAAAUAAUUAGUAACUAUAAUGUUCUCCAAGGACAAAAUAAAACUCUAGAGGAAAAAAACAGCCAACUUUCUUUGGAGAGGCAACAAAUGAUACAAACAUUAGAGCAACUAAAAAGUAAGGAAAACAAAACUCUAAGUGAUAUGGCCAUAGUCAGUAAUGAAAAUAAACGAUUGAGCGUAGAAAUGGAAUCAAUGAAAACAAGCAUUCUAUUGAUACAAGAAGAAAAGGAAACAUUAGAGAAAAAAACAUACCAGCUUCUAAAGGAAAAAAGCUCACUUGAAAAUGAACUAAAAGAAAAUCAGCUAGAGAUAAUGCAGCUAAAAGAGAAAGAAAUGUUGGCAAAAACUGAACAAGACUCACUUCUUCAAAUAAUAGAAACAGCUAAAGAUGAGAAGCUUAAUCUUGAAAGAACCUUACAAGAAUCUACUGCCGCAAGAGAAAUGAUGGAAAGAGAAAUUGAGGAUAUUCAAACAUACCGAUCUACUGCCGAAGAGAAUUUUCUCCAAGAAAUAAAAAAUGCAAAAUCAGAAGCCAGUAUUUAUAAGAAUAGUUUGUCAGAAAUGGGCAAUGAAUGUGAAAUGUUAUCAAAAAUGGUAAUGGAAAUUAAAACCGAUAAUCAGAUUCUAAAAGAAGAACUCAAAAAACAUAGUCAAGAAAAUAUAAAAUUUGAAAACAGCAUCAGUAGACUUGCGGAAGACAAAAUACUUCUAGAAAACUAUGUGAGAAGUAUAGAAAAUGAAAGGGACACCUUGGAAUUUGAGAUGCGGAAUCUUCAAAGAGAAUAUUUAAAUCUAAGUGAAAAAAUCUGUAGUCACCAUAUUGACGUGUCAAAAAUGGGUUACACUUCAAGGAGAGAGAAAUUCCAUUUUGACAACUAUGAUACUUACGAAGACAACUCUAGCCCUCGGAGUAGGCCUUCCGCUCCUGAUUUGAAAGGUAUGUGUAUAGUAGUGGAUCAGUGAAAAUGUGUUUAAGGUUCUUUUAGCCUAUUGGGCAUUAGCCAGAGGACAGCAAUAAGAAGAAAAUUUUUAAGAUGAAUACAAUUUAGUUUUGUACGAUUUGUACCCAACUUAUUACAUAGUGGAUUUGGAGAUUUUGCUCUUUUGAUAAAAUCCAUGCUGUUGUUUUAUUUAUACUACUUCUAUCCAUUGUACCUGCACAAAGCAACUUUGGCAGCAAGCAGGGAUUUUUUUCAAAUCAUUAUUUUUCUGAAGUACACUUAGCAGUCCCAUCUUUUAAAUAAUUCUUCUUUUUUUUCCCCAGGAAUUCCAAGUAAACUGUAUCAAUUACUUCCAUCCAAGACAUGUAAAUAAAUUUCUAAAAUCAAUGUCUCAAAAUCCUUUGUCCAAGUACUUUUUUCAACAAAAAAAUUUAAAUUCACUUUUCCAUGUGAUUAAAUUUACCUUAUAAUUGAUCAGAUUAGUUUUUAAUUAGAAAUUGGAAUUAGGUAUUUAUUUCUCUGUUGUCAAGAACUGUAAAGUCAGAUUUUAUCCAACUUGUAAAGCUAGUAUGUUAGCCUGUCACAGUUUCAUGGGUUCCAGUGGAAAACAUGAGACUCCUGGGCCAGAGCAAUACCAGUAGCCAAAGAAUCAGCACUUUUCCAUCAGUCUUCCAAGCCGAUUCCUACAGGCAACGUGAAAAGGACCACACAGUGGACGCGUG